CUGGAGUGUGUGCCAGGUCCCUUCUCCACUGACCAUUGGUCUUGCCUGACCCUCUGGGUGUAACUGGUGUCCAGGCCAAAGUCAUGAGAAGGUGUUUAGGACAGCUCCAGAAAUGGGAGUCAGGAGUGAGGGGUGGUGAGCCUGAGAAGGGUCAAAUAGGACUCCUUGUCUGUUCCUCCACAGUUACUACCUAUAUUGGUGGGGUCUGAGACCCCUUCCUAGCUUCACCUUUUCCCCUUGACCCUCAGACUGAACAGUUAACCUACUUUCUAGGCCCAAGGAGGUGGUUCUGGGAAGCAGAGCAAGAAUAUGGGAGCUCUGUCUGAGGGGUGAGAGAAAAGGAAGAGACUCCUUUCCCCACCAUUGCUUUUUCCCCUUUCUCAGAAAAGCCGGAGAGACUAAAAUAGUUGCCCUUUCCCCUGCCUCAGGUGCAUCACCAUGGAAACACGAAUCCAAAGGGUCAGGACACUCCCCUGUCAGACACUAGGGCUCUGCAUUAGCAGCCUCUGCAGUGUGUCCACCCUUUCUUGAGACUCAUACGACCCCUCCCUGGGCUCCUAACUGGGCUUUGGAGAGGGGACAUCCUAAGCCUCCUACUCCUUCAGCAGCCCCAGUCUCCUCUUGCGUCCGGACACCGAGAGGGUGUCGUGUGCCAGAAAGGCCAGCAGAGGGAGCAGACGACCUUGAAGCGCCGGAGGAGAGCGGGCUUUGCAGAGGUGCCGAAGUGGCCGCAGUCACCAUAACUUCUUUGGGAGGGAGAGCGAGGAGUCUUGGCGACCAGUACUUCAGCCCGGAGGUUCCUUAGUAAUCUUGUGAACACAUACUCGGCUCGCAGAGCCUCAGCCGCUGCUUUUCUUUUUUAUGCUCUAUAGACCCCUCACCCGCAACCCAACUCUGUCCCAGUCCUGUUCCCACCAAACGCCAAAUCUGUCCUAAAUCCUUCGUGUUCCAUCCAAAGGCAGAGGCCGGCAGAUAGAUUACAGGAUGGCGGAAUGCUCGGGAAGCACCCACAAGGUCGAUGACCCUGCCUCCAAUAUUAUCUUUCUCGGAUGAACUUUCUUUUGUCGCUCCCCCCUCCCCCCAAUAUAUUUCUCAAUGUUUUUUUCUGGCUCUGCUUCAGGGCCUCUUCAUGGGCCGCCGAUCCAACAAUCCAUGCCGGGAUUUACUGCCCACCAGCAGCAGCGUGUUGGGGGGGCAGUGUAGGCAGUAUAGGGUCCCUCAAGGGAGGGGGAGGAUCCUGGGGGUCCUGGGGGUGCAAUAAGCCCGGCACCCCCUCUCUGGCUUCCAGCUACCCCGCCUCAUCCUCCAGAACGGCAAGAGGGAGGGAAAUAGGAGGGAGGUGAGGGACGAGCGGGAAGAGCGGCGGCGAGCCGGCGGCUUGAGCGAGAAAAAGUUUUUGCAAAAGGAAAAAAAAAGUUUGCGCUUCUCGCGGGUGGUCCCGGCUCUGGGCCCGGCGGGCUGGGCCGGCUGAAGGGCUGGCGGCCAGGUUAGGGGGGGCGGGGGUGGCACUGAGGCUACGCUGCCGUGGCCCUGUCUGCCCCCCCUCCCACCGCACAUCCCCCAGCCCGGACUCCAGCCCUGGACCGCGCACCCCGAGCCCUGCGCCCAGACGGAGCUUGUCUGUCUUCGGCAAUCGUGGAUCUCUUUGUCCGACUCCGCCUCUCCCAUCUAUUAGAGACACCUCACUUUCGUGAGGUUUGGAUGAAGAGGCUGGAGCGACUGCUAGCUGGAGGUCUGCGUGAUAGAGAGGGAACUCCAGCUGUGCUCUGAGUGCCGGCAGGAAGACGUCGGUGUUUCUGAAAGGAGGGGACAGCAAAGGAUUGAACUCUAGUAUUCCUGCACUCUGCUCUGAGGCACCAUGUUCAACUCGAUGACCCCACCGCCAGUCAGUAGCUACGGCGAGCCCUGCUGCCUCCGGCCUCUCCCCAGUCAGGGGGGCCCCAGCAUGGGAACAGAAGGACUGCCUGGUCUGCCCUUCUGCCAUCAGGCCAACCUUAUGUCAGGUCCCCAGAGUUACCGGCCAGCCAGAGAGAAUGACAGCUUCACAGAGGCCCCACUCUUUCCUCCUCCCCGGAGUGCAGUCAAGUUGACCAAGAAGCGGGCGCUCUCCAUUUCACCUCUGUCAGACGCCAGCCUGGACCUGCAGACAGUUAUCCGCACCUCACCCAGCUCCCUCGUGGCCUUCAUCAACUCUCGCUGCACAUCUCCAGGGGGCUCCUAUGGCCACCUGUCCAUCAGCACCAUGAGCCCAUCUCUGGGAUUCCCACCCCAGAUGAAUCGCCAAAAAGGGACCUCGCCUUCCUUCGGGGUCCAGGCCUGUGGUCCCCAUGACACCACCCAGGGUGGGAUGAUGCCGCAUCCUCAGUCCCGGGGAGCCCUCCCAACUUGCCAGCUGAAGUCUGAGCUGGACAUGCUGGCUGGCAAGUGCGUGGAGGAGCCCCUGGAAGGUGAUAUAUCCAGCCCCAACUCCACAGGCACACAGGAUCCCCUGCUGGGGAUACUGGAUGGGCGUGAGGACCUGGAGAGGGAGGAGAAGCCUGAGCCUGAAUUUGUGUAUGAGACUGACUGCCGCUGGGCUGGCUGCAGCCAGGAGUUUGAUUCCCAGGAGCAGCUGGUGCAUCACAUCAAUAGCGAGCACAUCCACGGGGAGCGGAAAGAGUUUGUGUGCCACUGGGGGGGCUGCUCCAGGGAGCUGCGGCCCUUCAAAGCCCAGUACAUGCUGGUGGUCCACAUGCGCAGACACACGGGCGAGAAGCCACACAAGUGCACGUUUGAGGGGUGCCGGAAGUCAUACUCACGCCUUGAGAAUCUGAAGACGCACCUGCGGUCACACACGGGUGAGAAGCCAUACAUGUGUGAGCACCAGGGCUGCAGCAAAGCCUUCAGCAAUGCCAGUGACCGAGCCAAGCACCAGAACCGGACCCACUCCAAUGAGAAGCCAUAUGUGUGUAAGCUCCCUGGCUGCACCAAACGCUACACAGAUCCCAGCUCACUCCGGAAACAUGUCAAGACAGUGCAUGGUCCUGAUGCCCAUGUGACCAAGCGGCACCGAGGUGAUGGCCCCCUGCCCCGGGCAUCAUCCCUUCCCACAGUGGAGCCCAAGAGGGAGCAGGACGGAGGCCCCAUCAGGGAAGAGAGCAGACUGACUGUGCCAGAAGGGGCCAUGAAGCCACAGCCAAGCCCUGGGGCCCAGUCAUCCUGCAGCAGUGACCACUCCCCAGCAGGCAGUGCAGCCAAUACAGACAGUGGUGUGGAAAUGACUGGAAAUGCAGGGGGCAGCACUGAGGACCUGUCCAGCCUGGAUGAGGGGUCUUUCAUUGCUGGCCCUGGGCUGUCCACUCUUCGCCGCCUUGAGAAUCUCAGGCUGGAUCAGCUACAUCAACUCCGGCCAGUAGGGCCCCGGGGCCUCAAACUGCCAAGCUUGACCCACACAGGCACCCCUGUGUCCCGCCGUCUUGGCCCUCCGGUUUCUCUUGAUCGCCGCAGCAGCAGCUCCAGCAGUGUCAGCUCAGCCUAUACUGUCAGCCGCCGCUCCUCCCUGGCCUCACCUUUUCCCCCUGGCUCCCCACCAGAGAAUGGAGCAUCCUCUCUGCCUGGCCUCAUGCCUGCCCAGCACUACCUGCUCCGGGCAAGAUGUGCUUCAGCCAGGGGAGGUGGUACCCCAGCUACUGCAGCACCCAGCCUGGAUCGGAUGGGAGGUCUUCCUGCACCUCCCUGGAGAAGUCAAACUGAGUAUCCAGGGUACAACCCAAAUGUAGGAGUCACCCGGAGGGCCAGUGACCCAGCCCGGGCUGUUGACCGCCCUGCCCCAGCCAGAGUCCAGCGAUUCAAGAGCCUGGGUUGUGUCCACACACCUCCCACUGUGGCAGGGGGAAGAAGGAACUUCGAUUCCCAACUCCCAAUCUCUGUCUACUCACCACAGCCCCCCAGCAUCACUGAGAAUGUCGCAAUGGAUACCAGAGGGCUACGGGAAGAGCCAGAGGUUGGGACCUCCAUAAUGGGCAGUGGUCUGAACCCCUAUAUGGGUUUCCCACCUGCCAAUACUCUGGGAUAUGAGGGGCCUGAAGGGGCAGUAGCUGAGCUUUAUGGAGCAGCUAGGGGUCCAGGCUCCCUGCCUCUUGGGCCUGGUCCACCUGCCAACUACGGCCCCAACUCCUGUCCCCAGCAGGUCUCUUAUCCUGAACCUAUGCCAGAAACAUGGGGUGAGUUCCCUUCCCACUCUGGGCUUUCCCCAAGCCCCAAGCCUCCAGCUGGAGCCUACAGCCAGUGUCCUCAUCUUGAACAUUAUGGACAAGUGCAGGUCAAGCCAGAACAGGGGUGUCCAAUGGGAUCUGACUCCACAGGACUGGCACCCUGCCUCAAUGCCCACCCCAAUGAGGGGCCUCCAUGCCCACAGCCUCUGUUCUCCCACUACCCCCACCCACUGCCUCCCCAAUAUCCCCAGUCAGACACCUAUACCCAGUCACCCCCUGAUUAUCUUCCUUCAGAACCCAGGCCUGGCUUGGACUUUGAUUCCCCCAGUCAUUCCACAGGGCAGCUCAAGGCUCAGCUUGUGUGUAAUUAUGUUCAGUCUCAACAGGAGCUACUGUGGGAGGGUGGGGGCAGAGGAGACCCCCCAGUCCAGGAACCUCUCUACCAGAGUGCCAAGUUUCUGGAGGGUUCCCAGGUUAGCCCAAACCCUGCCAAGACCCCCAUGUCCACAUAUGGACCUGGCUUUGCCCCAAACCUGCCCUGUCAUCAGUCGGGCCCCUAUGCCACCCCUUCAGCAUGCCGUGGAAACUUUGCGUUGGGGGCAAACGAGGCUUCCCACCGGGGAGCAGCACUACCCCGACUUCUGCCCCCACUGCCCACAUGCUGUGGGCCCCUCAAGGCAGGGGGCACCAACCCCAGCUGUGGGCAUCCAGAGGCCAGCAGGCUGGGAAGGGGUCCUGCCCUGUGCCCUCCUCCUGAAGGGCAGGUAUGUAACCCUCUGGACUCUCUUGAUCUUGACAACACUCGGCUGGACUUUGUGGCUAUUCUGGAUGAGACACAGGGGCCAAGUCCUCCCCCUUCCCAUGACCAGGGGGAUAGUUAUGAGCAUACACCACCUCCCUCUGGGCCUCCCAACAUGGCUGUGGGCAACAUGAGUGUCUUACUGGGAUCCCUGCCUGGGGAGACACAGUUCCUCAACUCCAGUGCCUAAAGAGCAGAGA